CCCGAUUCUGGUCCCCGGCCCCCAGCAGCGCCUGCCCCCUUCCCACCGGGGCCCCCCAUGAUGCCACCACCCUUCAUGCCCCCUCCAGGAAUCCCUCCGCCCUUCCCUCCCAUGGGGCUACCACCCAUGAGUCAGAGACCACCAGCCAUCCCCCCCAUGCCACCUGGCAUCAUGCCCCCGAUGCUACCACCAAUGGGGUCACCACCACCACUCACACAGAUACCAGGAAUGGUACCUCCCAUGAUGCCAGGAAUGCUGAUGCCUGCAGUGCCUGUCACCGCAGCGACGGCUCCAGGUGUGGACACCGCCAGCUCUGCUGUGGCUGGGACAGGCCCUCUGAGGGCCCUAUGGAGUGAGCAUGUAGCCCCUGAUGGGCGCAUCUACUACUACAAUGCUGACGACAAGCAGUCCGUGUGGGAGAAGCCCAGCGUGCUCAAGUCCAAGGCGGAGCUGCUGCUGUCCCAGAGUCCCUGGAAAGAGUACAAGUCGGACACAGGCAAACCUUACUACUAUAACAACCAGAGUAAGGAGUCCCGCUGGACCCGGCCGAAGGACCUGGAUGACCUCGAGGCUCUAGUCAAACAAGAGGCUGUAGGGAAACAGCAGCAGCAGCCCCAGACACUACAGCCACAGCCUCCUCAGCCACAGCCUGACCCCCCACCUGCGCCUCCUGGCCCUACCCCACUGCCUAUAGGCCUCCUAGAACCUGAGCCAGGUGGGAGUGAAGACUGUGAUGUGUCAAAUGCUGUCCAGCCCCUGGAGCAGGGGUUCCUGCAGCAGCCAGAGGAGGGCCCCAGCAGUUCUGCUGGACAGCAUCAGCCACAACAAGAGGAAGAAGAAUCAAAGCCAGAACCAGAGAGGUCUGGCCUCAGUUGGAGUAACCGUGAGAAGGCAAAGCAGGCCUUUAAGGAACUGCUGAGGGACAAGGCUGUCCCCUCCAAUGCCUCAUGGGAACAGGCCAUGAAGAUGGUGGUCACCGACCCCCGUUACAGUGCCUUGCCCAAAUUGAGUGAGAAAAAGCAGGCAUUUAAUGCCUACAAGGCGCAGCGGGAGAAGGAGGAGAAGGAAGAGGCGCGGCUGAGGGCCAAGGAGGCCAAGCAGACCUUGCAGCACUUCCUGGAGCAGCAUGAGCGCAUGACCUCCACCACCCGCUACCGGCGGGCAGAACAGACUUUUGGGGAGCUGGAGGUCUGGGCUGUGGUCCCCGAGAGGGAUCGAAAGGAGGUUUAUGAUGAUGUCCUCUUCUUCCUGGCCAAGAAGGAGAAGGAACAGGCCAAGCAGCUACGGCGCCGCAAUAUCCAGGCCCUGAAGAGCAUCCUGGAUGGGAUGAGUAGCGUCAACUUCCAAACCACAUGGUCCCAGGCCCAGCAGUACCUCAUGGAUAACCCCAGCUUUGCUCAGGACCAUCAGCUUCAGAACAUGGACAAGGAAGAUGCGCUGAUCUGCUUUGAGGAGCACAUCCGAGCUUUGGAGAGGGAGGAGGAGGAGGAGCGGGAGCGGGCCCGGCUUCGGGAGCGGCGCCAGCAACGCAAGAACCGGGAGGCCUUCCAGACCUUCCUGGAUGAGCUGCAUGAGACAGGGCAGUUGCACUCUAUGUCCACCUGGAUGGAACUGUACCCAGCGGUCAGCACUGAUGUCCGCUUUGCCAACAUGCUGGGCCAGCCGGGCUCCACCCCUCUGGACUUGUUCAAGUUCUAUGUGGAGGAGUUGAAGGCACGAUUCCAUGAUGAGAAGAAGAUCAUUAAGGACAUCCUUAAGGACCGGGGCUUCUGUGUGGAGGUGAACACAGCCUUUGAGGACUUCGCCCACGUCAUAAGCUUUGACAAGAGGGCUGCUGCGCUGGACGCAGGCAACAUCAAGCUGACCUUCAAUAGUCUACUGGAGAAAGCAGAGGCACGGGAGAGAGAGCGGGAGAAGGAGGAGGCACGAAGGCUGCGGCGCAGGGAAGCUGCCUUUCGAAGCAUGCUGAGGCAGGCCGUGCCUGCUCUGGAGCUGGGCACUGCUUGGGAAGAGGUCCGUGAGCGCUUUGUGUGCGACUCAGCCUUUGAGCAGAUAACCCUGGAGUCGGAGCGGAUCCGGCUCUUCCGGGAGUUCCUGCAGGUACUGGAGACUGAAUGCCAGCACCUCCACACGAAAGGCCGGAAGCAUGGCAGAAAAGGCAAGAAGCACCAUCGCAAACGUUCCCACUCGCCCUCAGGCUCCGAGUCGGAAGAGGAGGAGCUGCCCCCACCGUCUCUCCGGCCCCCCAAGCGGAGGCGGCAGAACCCCUCCGAGUCUGGCUCUGAGCCCUCUUCCUCACUUGAUUCAUUUGAAAGUGGGGGUGCUGCCCUUGGAGGACGGGGCUCCCCAUCCUCCCGUCUUCUCCUUGGAUCAGAUCAUGGCCUUCGGAGAGCCAAGAAACCAAAAAAGAAAGCUAAAAAGAGAAGACACAAGUCGAACAGUCCUGAGAGUGUGACAGACCCGGAGGAGAAAGCUGGCAAGGAGAGUGAUGAGAAAGAGCCAGAACAGGACAAGGACAGGGAGCUCCGGCUGGCAGAGCUCCCUAAUCGCUCCCCAGGUUUUGGAAUCAAGAAGGAGAAGACGGGCUGGGACACAUCAGAAAGUGAGCUGAGUGAGGGAGAGCUGGAAAGGCGGCGGCGGACACUCCUGCAGCAGCUGGAUGACCACCAGUGAACUGACCAGCGGCUCUGCCUUGGGUCUGUGGCUACUAGGUCACCCUCACCGUCUGCCCCAGACUUCUUCCUUAGUCUGGUCUGUGUCCAUUUUUCCUCAAGUAACCCCACUCCCAACACACCAUUGCCAGCACCUGCCGAGGUUGCUCGUGGUGGUCAACAGUCCCCUACUUCCCGGACAACUAGUGCAGUCCUUGCCCUCAGCCCCACACAAGAUUGGUGGUGUAUGCCACGUGGGGAGGGUGGUGCCAGUAGAUAGAAUGGGAGAAGGGGCCUCCAGGGAAGAGUGACAGGCUGGUGGACACAGCCUGGGUGGCAGAGGGCGGGGUCCUUACCCUUUAGCAUCAGUGCCUGCUCCUGCCUGCACGGGGCCCUGGGGCUCCAACCACUCCUCCCUCCAGCCCUGGGACCCUGUGUAUGUGUGUUUUGUUUUAUAAAUAACAA